GGCGCUGCGGGGGAGGGGCGCGGCGCCCUCAGGCCCGGCUCCUUUCGUUCUUUCACCCUGGGGGUCUCCCGGAAUGAAAACUGCCCCCGGCCAGGCCGGAGCGCGCGGAUGAAAGGGGCACUCGGACCGCGAGAGGAGCCUCCUCCCGCCCGGGCUGCGGAAACUGGCAGCGCAGGGGGUGUCUGGCCACCCCGGCGCUCGAAAGCGGGAGAAGGGGGACAACCGCUCCCUCAAGUGGGUCUCCCCACGGCGUACUCACCCUGCUAACACCUUACUAACUCAAUAUCCAGUCCCGUCGGGACUCUUGGGUCGGAAUCUCGAAUCCUUUCUUCUAUCUUUCCCCUCUUUCCUCUGGUUCUUGGUAUGCCCCAGGGGACAGAUGUCUUGGGAUCUUUAACAUUUGGGAUGCUGCAAAUGCCGAAGUUAAAUGAAAUACCUCCGGGGAGGGAAGAUCGGGGGGAUACUCGGGGAGAGGGAAGAUGGCCUGGACGAACAGGUCUUGAAGCUGCGAAGCAGGAGCGGGGGCCGCUGGGUCUCUUGGGCGGCGCCAGAGCUCCAUGGGACAGCUGGGGAAACUCCAGACUGCCUACAAGACCUGGUCCCAGCUGGGAGCGGCAUCACCCUUCCCCACUCUGUACCUCCUCCUCCCAGAAGCCCACCAUGGAGAGUAAGGAUGAGGUCAGCGACACCGACAGCGGCAUCAUCCUGCAGUCUGGCCCCGACAGCCCAGUCUCCCCAAUGAAGGAGCUGACCCAGGCAGUGCGCAAGCAGCAGCGGGCCCUGGAGGAGCGGCUGGAGGCCUGCCUGGAGGAGCUGAGGAGACUCUGCCUGAGGGAGGCGGAGUUGACGGGCACAUUACCAACAGAGUAUCCGCUCAAACCAGGGGAAAAGGCCCCCAAGGUCCGCCGCAGGAUUGGAGCCGCUUACAAACUGGACGAACGGGCCUUGCACAGGGAGGACCCCCUGAGCAGCCUGGAGCGGGAGCUGGCCUUGCAGCUGCAGAUCGCGGAGGCGGCCCGGCGGCUGUGCCAGGAGGAGAACAUCAGCAGGCAGGCCCGGCGGCAGAGGAAGCACGCCAUGCUGCAGGAGGAGAGGAAGCUUAGGGAGCUGGAGCGCUGCGUUGGGGAGCAGCGGCGAAACAGCGGGCCCCCUCCCCCCGCUGUCCUCCCCCUGGGCCGAGAGUUCAGUGCCUCCGAUGACAGUUCCCUGUCAGAUGGGCUGCUACUGGAGGAGGAGGAAGCCCAAGUGCCAAAACCUCCCACAGAGUCUCCAGCCCCGCCUUCCCGGCCUCUCCCACCCCACAGCCUCGAGGGGCUGCAGCUGGCAGGACCUGAGAUGGGGGGCCUGGAGCGAGCCCCCAUCCAGAACAGCCCCUGGAAGGAAACCAGCCUGGACCACCCGUAUGAGAAGCCCAGGAAGUCUUCUGAGCCCAGUAGCGAGUCUAGCAGCCCGGCCACCACCCCGCAGGAUGGGCCCAGCAUGUCCAGCCUGUGGCUGCCGGAGCCGGCCUCCUUCUGUGUGGUUCCCAUCCGCAGUGUUCCCGGCCAGAGGCAGGGCCGCACAAGUGCCCCAGCCACCCCCGAGAUGCAGGGGAGGAGGGGCCAAUCGCAGUCUCUAAGGGUGGACUCCUUCCGGCUGGGGCUUGAGGGCCGAGGCCGCAGCGCCUUUCCCCGCCGCCGCCCCACUCACUACACAGUGACCGUGCCAGAUUCCUGCUUCCCCUCCAGCAAGCCCCCGCUGCCACCCCCUGCCUACCACUCCUGCUCAGAAGACAGCGGCUCCGACGUCUCCAGCAUCUCCCACCCCACCUCGCCGGGCAGCAGCAGCCCCGACAUUUCCUUUCUGCGGCCCCUCUCCCCACCCGAGCCCCAUUGCCACCGUGGGGCUUGGGGCCCGGCUGGUGGGAGAGAGCUGGCCACUCACUACCCCCAGCUGUUGUUGCCCCCGGGGUACUUCCCGGCGGGGCGGUAUGUGAUGGUGGCCGAGAGCCACCAGCCACCGGGCAAGUGGGAGCUGUGCCCCGUGGGCUAUGAGGCGGAGGGGGCGCCCCUGCGCUAUCACCGGCUGCUGGCUGCCCACAGCCGCCUCGUGCGCACGCCCUCCCUGAAGGACAGCCCCGCGGGCCGGGGCCUCAGCAAGAUGGCCGUCUCCGAGGAGCUCAGGUGCUGGCACGAGCGCGCACGCCUGCGGAGCGCUCGCCCCCACUCGCUGGACAGGCAAGGGGCGUUCCGCGUCAGGAGCCUGCCCCCAGGGAGAGAGGGCUUCCCUCGGGCCCCGGGACCGCGGCCCCAGGUGCCCACAGUGUGUGUGCUGCGGAGGUCGCCCGAGGGAGCCCCUGUGCAAGUCUUUGUACCUGAAAAUGGAGAGAUCAUCAGCCAGGUGUGACAAGGCCACGUGUCACCCAGUGCUCUGAGUGCCUGGACCCCACUGCUGGAAAACACCGUUUGAGAGCAGGGUUGUGCUGAGACCCACUCUAUGCUGGAGCUUCUCCCUUGAGCUCCCCACCCCCAUCGCAGGCCGAUGACCAGGAGCUGAAGCUUUUUUUUUUUCAAAAACAGUUUUGGUUCAAAACCCUGGCCUGAGGAUUUAUAUGUGUUUUGUCCUAAGAUCACUGUAAAAUGAUUGUGCUUUAUCUUCCCAGAGACUGGUAGGCCUGCUAGACUUGAGGCCUUGCCUGUCUGACUAGCGGCAUUUGUCUCCUUAUGCAAGACAAGCGGCAGGGGUUGCGUGAAGUGCCCAGGACCACAUCAGAGUCCCUCAAACCCUCUAUGCAAUGGUUCGAAGAUCUUCCUUGGAGAACAGCCCCUGGCCCUCCUGUCCCACCGUGGCUGGAGGCUGGAUGUGGCACACACUCAUGCACAGGACUGCGCAUUCCUAGGGCCUGGGUACCAUAGCCUUUUACGGUACCUCCCCCUUUAUGACGUGCUCUGUGAUGCACACACCAGGUGGUAGGUUAUAAAGGUCAGUACAUCCUGGUGGAACAUUGUCUUCCUGGACUCUGAUAUUUUCUCGACCCCACAAACCUUCUUUAGGGGCCUCAAUCACUGUGGCCUCUCUCUGCCCUGUUAGCUCCCAGCAUCUACGCAGACCCUGAGUCCUGAGUUUGAGGCUUCACCGGAUUGUAGCACCCAACGGCUGGCCUGGGGACUGGCCUGUGGUGUAAGUUGGUGGAGAGCAACCCCCACUCUGACCACUGUCUCAGGGCAUCACGUGGACUUGCAAUCUCACUACACCCCAGCAUCUUUUCAUCAUAGUCCUAGAAACUGACAAACCAAAAACCUCACCAAUACUUUGAAAAGACAUCACUUGUGGCACUGUCUCCGAGGGAGGGGCCGGUUUUCUACUCCCCACCCAGUUAUGAUUCUGCUCUGAGUUUGUGGAUUUCUCCUGAAAGAGGGAAUAGCCUUACUUAUGCAAACAGAAAUACUCCUGAUAAGGAGCCCUGGUGGUGCAGUGGUUAAAGUGCUUGACUGCUAAUGGAAAGAUCCAUGAUUUGAAACCAGCAGCGGCUCAGCGGGAGAGAGAUGUGGUAGCCCAUAGAGAUUUACAGCCAUGGAAACCCUAUGAGUCGGAAUCAACUCCAUGGCACUGGGUCGGGUAUUUUUUGUUUAGGAGUGCUGGUGAGACUCUGGUUUUUCUUAGAGAGCAUUAAUUAAUUGUCCCAGCUGUCCAGGGGCAAGCCUGGAAACUGCCUGUGCUGAGACCAUCCGAUUAAAAAAAAAAAAACCAAACCCGUUGCCAUGGAGUCGAUUCUGAUUCAUAGAGUCCCUGGGUUCUCUUGAACUAGGUCCUUCUUUGCUGCCAGGUCAGAUUCCCAAGUAGGGACCCUGCUUCAAUAAGAAAGCAACUGCUCUGA